AUGAUAAAUAAAGAUUAAUGCAUAGAAGAUUAUAGGAUAUAAAUGAAUUCAUCAAUAGGAAGAGGAAAUUAUGGAGAAGUCUUUGAUUGCAAGUCGACAAGAAAUCCUUAGUAUUCUUUAUGUGCAAAGGUAAGAAUUACUAAUAUCUAGAUAAUUAAUACAUAAGUUUUAGAAAAGUAUAAAAAUAUAGAAAAAAUGAUUUCACAACUCGUUUCUCAAAAUAAAUAAAAUCAAAACUUAGUGACUAUUUAUGAUGUAAAACACAUAGCUUAAGAGAAAAAAUUGAUAAUUAUUAUGGAGAAAUGCGAAUCCAAUUUAUAAAAACUCAUUAAUAUUUAAAAAAAAUUUAAUGAUUCAGAAGUUUUUAAUUUCAUAGAUUAAUUUUUAAAUGGAUAUCAGGUUCUUUAUGAUAAUAACAUUAUACAUAGAGAUAUCAAACCAGAAAAUAUAUUAAUUCAAUAAAAGACUUAUAAAUUAUCUGAUUUUGGAACAGGCAAAAUUUAUAAAGCUAAUGAUUUUUUAAUUACAAAAAUUGGAACUCCUGUCUACACAGCUCCUGAAAUAAAUUCAUUAGUUUAGGACCAUGAACUUGAUAUACGUUUUUAAAAUAUCAAAUUUAAUCAACAUUCUAAGAGCCAAGUAGAUAUUUUUUCGGUAAUAAUACUUUAAAAUAAUUAGCUUGGUAUAAUUUUAUAUUAAAUGGUAUACGGUGAAUUACCCUUUGAACAUAAUUAGACCAGUAUUAUUGAGUUUGCAAAAAGAAUAAAAAAGAAUCCUUUGUAAUUAACAGGAUAAUCAAAGCAUAAGAAUAUUAUAGAAUAAAUGCUGAUUUAUUAUCCUGAUGAAAGAAUGACCUUUUAAUGUUUAUAUAAUUUAGUCUCUGAAAAAAAAAAUACCAAAAUUUCAUACCCAAUAUAAAUUAAAUAAAAGGAUAAUUAAAUUAAAUCACCACAAGUUAGUACAACAAUACCAAGCUUAAAUUAAAAUGGAGGAAACUAAAAUGGAUCAAAUUAAAAUAUAUUCAAUUAAAAUGGAUUUAACUAAAAUGGAUUCAAACUAAAUGGAUUAAAUUAAAAUGGAUUCAAUUAAAAUGGAUUCAAACUAAAUGGAUCAAAUUAAAAUGGAUUUAACUAAAAUGGAUCAUAUUAAAAUAUAUUCAAUUAAAAUGGAUUAAAUUAAAAUGGAUUAAAUUAAAAUGGAUUUAACUAAAAUGGAUCAAAUUAAAAUGGAUUAAAUUAAAAUGGAUUUAACUAAAAUGGAUCAAAUUAAAAUAUAUUCUAUUAGAAUGGAUUUAACUAAAAUGGGGUGAUUAAAAAUGAAUUUAAUUAAAAUGAAGCAAAUUAAAAUGGAUUAAAUUAAUAGUUUUAACUUUAAAAUAAUUGUAUUCCUAAUAUUAAAAUUAAAAGUAAUCAAUUUUAAACACCUCCUUAAAAAGAGGACCUAUCACUUAUUAGUCCACAUUAAAAGAUUAAAGAAUAUUUGCAAUUUUUAUUGUAAUUAUAAAUAGCUUAAAUUUAGGAAUGAUCAUGGAGAUAUUAUUAAGGAUGAUAUUAAAAACUUAAUUUAGUAUUUAAUCCAAAAUUCAACAUUUUCGAUUGAAUAAUUAAAAUAAUUAAUAACAAUCUAUAAAAAUUAAAUUUAGAAACCAGAUUUGUGUGAGAAUAAGACUUUAAUUUUUUUUUAUUGUAUACUAUGUAUACUAAACAACACCACUCUUUUAAAUAUUCAGAGUUUUGAUGAUAAGAAAUUAAGAGAGUAAAUAAAACGAUUAUACGAUAAUUUAAAUUCUACUUGA